AUGGGUUUUCAUUUACCUCAUAUCAGAAGGGCAUUAUUUGCUGCAAAUCACGCACCUUCAAAAGUGGUGGAUGUAGCAAAGGGCUAUUUUGCGGUCUAUGUUGGAGAGAAAAUGAAGCGGAUUGUGAUUCCUGUAUCAUACCUCAACCAACCUUCAUUCCGAGAAUUGUUGAGUCAAGUUGAGGAAGAGUUUGGAUAUAAUCAUCCCAUGGGUGGCCUAACAAUUCCUUGCAGCGAAAAAGCCUUCCAACAUAUAACUUCUUGCUUGAAUGGGAUAUAA